UAACCUGUCUGUAGCUCUUGGUCUUUCGUUAUUCACCUUUUUGCGCCCACAUUCGUUUGUGCCUAUAAUUUGUUUUUUACCCCCCUCAGCCCUGUCUUCAUAUUAUUCUAUCGCAUAUUGCAGAAGGGAAUAAUUUUCGCCCUUGCUUUCUAUUUCAUAUUCUAGGCGGGGAAAUCAUUGUGCUGCAUCAGUUAACUCAAUGACUUAAGGUGACAUCGUUGUAUUGAACCUUGAGACAAGCCCCCCUCCUCAUAGUUAAUCCAAGUUGCGAAAUUCCCCCUUUUUUGAUCUCCAGGGCGACUGAGAAGUAGAUCUACUAACAGAUCUGUCCGCUGACAUUCUAACUGUCCUCAGCUGGGCUGAUCCACCCGGCUGCAGAGACACUUGCCAUGAAAUGAGUGGCUCAACCUUGAUUGCUACGGCCCUACCAACCGUCAAGCCUGAACAGUCAUUUCAGUCUCCCAGCCAUUCUCAUUCGCAUUCUACCACAGAAACCUAUCAAGCCCAGUCAACCUCGACUGCCUCUUCGCAAAAUCGAUUCUCGAAUUCCAACACCCCCCCUCGCCCACCUUCUUUCGAUGUACCAACUUUCGAUUUUGGCACGGAUUUCGACCCGACUCUAUCCUUCUCGGGUCAGCUCUUGAACGAUAGUACCAAUGAGAAACCUACGAUCACUCCCACCGAAGACAAUAUGCCCGGCUUUGAGGCUAGGACAGGCAAGGUGGGGAAAUGGAAGACGGCAAUGAAUCGAUCGCCUAGACCAUCGUUGCAAGUCACAGAGGAUUCUGAAGAGGUUGCUGAGGGAGGGCCUGGUAACGACGAAGGCGCCAGCAACUCCAAGCUGCUGAGUCCGAAUCCACAGGAAACGUAUAGAAAUGUAUCAGAGUCGCUUGUAUCGUUUGCUAGACGCUCAUGGAUAUCUGGAUCGCGGUCGCCCUCGCCCAACGACAAGAAAGACGAAAAGAAGGAUGAAAAAAAGGACGAGACGGAAGUAACAUAUAAUAGCCGGCCUAGCCGUGAACGGUCCGCUAGCAACAGCUCGAUUAUGAAACUUAAAAGGUCUUCGCGAAAGCGCCCAGCGUCGCCCGGUAGUAGCGAUGGCGGCAAGUCAGCCGACUCCGUUAGUAAAUUUGGCACAUACCUUAAUAGGAUCAAGCAACGGCAACCAGGUAUGCUGAAGGGGAAAACUCAUACCGAUAAUGAAAGUCUUACUUCCUCGACGGCCAGCAUUGCGCCCCCAUCUACGGAGACCCGCCAGUCACAUAAUUCGGAGACGAGCAAUAGUACGUUCCCAGAGGAUGGCCCGCUCGUAAAACCGUCACGAUCUCGAGACCCUCUCUGGUCAGCAUUUAAGGGGUUAGAUAACGAUUAUCAUAAAUUUCAAGCGCAGACAAAACCCAACGUCAAUCCUGCUAGUGCAAAGAUGGAUAUGGUUCGAAGCGUGUUGAUGCGCUUCUUGGGGAACUAUGCAAAUCACUCAUCAAAUAAGAGGUUGCACCACGAGGAUUUAGAGCGGAGAGCUAUCAUUUUGGACAAAUGGUGGAAAGGACUUCUCGAGCUGCUGGAUGGGAAGACACAACAACCUGUUGCAGGAGCUGACAGACCUGACCUGCUUGAUGCUAUGACAUCUAUUAUGAUGCGACCAGAAUGGCGGCAGUGCAACAUUACCUUCUGUCCACUGGCAGAUCGAAACUCCACAGAACAGUUCGAAAAAAGGGCUCGAGCCAGCUCUAAUAUGUCUUCUUCUUCGCUAGAUUCCACGGAUUCUGCCUUCCUCGCCGAAUCUGCAAGACAUAAUGUAGAAGUUAUGUUUAUUACAAACUUGGUGUCGCAGAUGGCCAUUGUGGUAGAGAAGCUGUCGCUUCGACAUGCUCCUUUAAGCCUUGUCAAUUUUGCGGGUAAAGUUUACGCUUAUGCCUUUUUCUUUGCGCCAGGCAUUGCGGGCGUGCUCAUACGCUUGUGGUCUUUAAAUUCGGAUCAGAUACGCCGCGUUGCAGACGAGUUCGGCCUGCCCCGGUAUGGUCACGGUGACAGUGAUGCCAUCGCAGCAUUCUUCCCUCCGGCCGUCAGCGGACUUGGUUGGUCCUCCGUCAGGGCCUUGUCUAGUUUACUUAAGCAACCUGCAACAUUACCGGUGAUGGCAGCCCAGAUCUCCUGGCGUGGUCCGUGGGUCUCUAGGUGGACUGGACGCGAUACAGACUUAUUCUUCAUAUUUUGCAAGUACUAUUACAUGCUGGCCGAAGAAUUUAUGCCAUCUGGCUUACCCCUCGUCGAGAAAGCUCGCGCCCCGGGUUUUGUCCUUGUGAACGCCCAGAUACUUUCCAUUUUAGACUCCACUAUACAUCGUCAGGCAGCUGUCGAGGCUAUGCUAGGACCUCCUCUCUCAGAUGCAGUUCACGGUGCCGAUGCGUCGGCUAUGGCUUUGCCUAUGCCGCCAAAUAACAAUAUCAUGAAGGGGAUGAGCGAGAACCGCCUUAUAGUACUCUUGAAAGACUUCCUGUCUAGCGCCUCGAUGUUCUUCGCAGGCGCACGACAUACGUUUGCCGAGUCGUUUAUGGCCAUCAUGAAAGCUGCCGCUAAGCGGACCUCGCAAUUCGACCACAAUGCAUGUUUCACAAUUUGCGAUUUUCUGGAAGAAGCAUUGGUGGCUUAUGACAAUUUUAUUGACGUUCAAAAUCCCGAAUUUACCUACGUCGAUUGGCCCUUCUGGAUCGAGGUUUGUAAGAAAAUAUUGAACUCGAACCAUACAAUGUCCGAGAUUCGAGUUGUCUCUUUCAUCUUCUCGAUCUGGGACGUUAUCGAAAGCAAUCAGUCACGCAAGGAGACCGUAUGUCUGGAGUGGUUACUCCAAGAGGAGGUGUUCAAUAAGCUAUUUACCAAUUGGUGCCCUAUGGUUAGAGCUUACUAUAUGCGGUUGCUCUGCUGGAGAUUAUGUAGGGACGCUGGCAAUGCGACUGAUGCAGACGCCAAGAUCUUUCUCGUUAUUUACUUACGCCUCAAGACUGUAUGGUCGCAUUAUCUUUGGCUAAAGCAGGUUGCGGACGAUCAAGGAAAAUUUCCGCCGUCGACUGCGCCAUCGUUUCCAGCCCCUGGGAAGCGAUUCAUGAUUAUUCGUAGUGAAUUGCCUACUGCGCAGCCUGGACUUAUGAUGAGCUUUGACUCUUCUGCUUCAUCGCCACAAACUGACCUGCAGUCAAGCCCAGCAACUGACUUUGAAUCCAUGGACGCCAUUGACUUCGACAUCGAGCCGAGCUUUCAGAAGAAGAGAAGCAGUAUUCUGGGUAAAAUUUUCUCAUUUAGCGGUAAUACUUCUGCCGGCAGCGAUUUAGAAUCUGUGAGACGCGAGACUGCGGCUUCACGUACUCGACCAAUCUUACCUUCCAAGAGUUCUGCAAACAUUAGCCCGUCUGCAUCUGACUCGGACAGUAUAGGCUCGUCGCCAAUUUACGAAGAUAUGCGGUCUAUUUUCAAGUUUACGCUGUCAUGGAACCCUGCUGGCACAAUGCCUCCGCCCAAUCGUAUCCUCACUCGCCCGCGGCUACCAAGUCCUGCACAAUACUGUGUCGCUACAAAGGGUCGGCCCGACAAUGCACUGCCACCUGCUCCUGGUCAUCCGGCUCCAACUCGGGCGGUAUCCGGAAGCCCUAAUCCUGGGUUGGUCGAUUCCGCGAGGAAUGCCGAUCCAUCCGAGGUACCUUCGUCACCUCCUCGCAUUUCCAUGACGUUUGAUCGCCGGCAGAGUUUUAGCCAGAUGAGUCCUAUUGAGAGGAGCAGCGAGGAUCUACCACUCAACAGCCCUGUGAGCCGAUCCAGUGAAAACAAGGAUGAGGUGCCCCCCCGCAGCCCGACCUCAACUGCUCCAACACAAGAACCACUUGUCAUGCCAGUUGAACCAAAAGGUGUCUAUGCUACGGGCGCUAAGUAUGCCGGCCGAGCCUUGGCUGAAUGGAGCCUAGUCGUUGCCGAAUGUAAUAGUUUCGUCGAUCGAAGGCGAAACGAGGGUGUUCCAGGUUUGAGCGAUGUAGAAGUACCAGCUCUUGAGAUGGAUGGCUUUAGGAAGCUCGCUUGAUUCACUCUCCAACACCUCGAAACGAGGUCUCAGGAACUUGGAUUGCAUACCCGGCGUCA